AUGGGCAGUGCCUGUAACCACUGCCCCCUCCCCCGAAAAUUCCUUCUUUCUUUUAUUUGUGCCUCGUACCAUUACCUGCUAAUGGCUCUUGAUUCUUUCUCUUUCUUGAUCUUCUCUCUUUGUCUUCAGCUCUUGAUCUUCUCUUUCUUUCUUCUUCCUUUGGUCUUCUUUAAAACUCUUGAUCUUCUCUCUCUUGCAGCUCUUGAUCUUCUCUUCAGCCUUUGGUCUUCUUUAAAACUUUCUUCUCUUGAUCUUCUCUGCAGCUCUUGGUCUUCUCUUGCUUUUGGUCUUCUUUUCUCUCUUGAUCUUCUCUGCAGCUCUUGGUCUUCUCUGCAGCUCUUUCUUCUCUCUUUGGUCUUCUUUAAAACUCUUGAUCUUCUCUCUGCAGCUCUUGAUCUUCUCUUUCUUCCUUUGGUCUUCUUUAAAACUCUUGAUCUUUCUCUGUCAGCUCUUGAUCUUCUCUGCAGCUCUUCUCUCUCUGUUCUCUUGAUCUUCUCUUUCUUGAUCUUCUCUGCAGCUCUUGAUCUUCUCUGUCAGCUCUUUGAUCUUCUCUGCAGCCUUUGGUCUUCUUUACAACUCUUGGUCUUCUCUGCAGCUCUGCAGCUCUUUCUCUUUGCUCUUGAUCUUCUCUGCAGCCUUUGGUCUUCUUUAAAACUCUUGAUCUUCUCUACAGCUCUUGAUCUUUCUCUGCAGCUCUUGAUCUUCUCUGCUCAUCUUCUUUCUUUCUUCUCUGCAGCUCUUGAUCUUUCUGCAGCUCUUGAUCUUCUCUGCAGCCUUUGGUCUUCUCUUUCUUGA